AUGGCGUUGCAACAUGGUGUUAAGCACACAGCAGGCUACGUGCUGCUGCCACUCAACAAGGUCAGGGAUCCCAGUGAAGGAAUAACACCUGUGAAUGGAUUGCUACGGAGAUCUAGAUAUUGCAAAUUUGUGGCAUUGGCCAGGGAAGAAAGAUUACCAAGUGCUUCACCAUCCGUUUCUCCAGAAAAUGUGAAACAUGCUGCCAUGUUUGGUCUGUCAGCAGCAGCAAUGAAGUCUAAGCUCUUUGCCGAUCAAGAGGAACGUGAAGUUCAAAGGCCAGCUGCUACUGUAAUAAAUCAUCAGUUAAAGAGAUUGGAGUUGAAGCUGAAGCAGUUUGCGGAAGUUGAGACCUUGCUCUUGAAGGAAUGUGAGCAAGUAGAAAGGGUUAGACAGAGGAUUUCAGCUGAACGAGUCAGGACGAGGCAGGCAUGA